AUGAAUGAAGCGGAUUAUCCCGAUUUGAUACCUAAUUAUGAUAUGAGAUUGGAGAAGACGAAGUCCAUAAAAGAGUGGCUAAAAUCCAAUCGUGGACCCCCAUCCAAAAUAUUUGAAAAAUUAAACCAAUCGCCCACCGCCCGGUUGAAAUAUACACGCUCCGGAGUAGCGUUUUCUGAAAUCAUAAGCAAUUGGCCUAGAUUAUUUGAUGUUGAUGGGGCGAUACAGAAUGAUUUUAAUCACUUGUUCCCACUAGCCGCUGACAAUUUGUUUUCUAAGUGGGACAAUAUUUCAUGCAAAAUGAUGCAAUACGGUCAACUAAUUAAACGGACAGUUGAGGGAAUAAAUAUUUCCUCGACGGAAGCGGACGCGAAGCCAAUGAUUGCAGCUUUUUUCUACUCCCGUUUUUGAUUCGACCU